GGUUAUUUAGUGACUAAUUUAGUUAUGCCUUGUUAUUUUAGGACAUCAUGCCACCAAGAAGAGCAGCUUCUUCACAAAACAGUCAGGCUAAUGAUGAUGUACCUCCAGUUGAGGGUUUGCCUCCCGUGAGUGCAGAAGGGAUCUAUAGGUAUCUUGGGACACUAGCUGGUUUAGUUGAACGCCAAGCUCGAGCUGUUGGGACUAAUGUUCAAGGACAGUCUUCAUCUUCUAGGGGUAGCUCUUUUGAUGACUUCAAGAAAUUGGGUCCUCCUUAUUUUUCUGGUGCUAUAGAUCCCACAGAGGCAGAGGCUUGGAUCCUUAAGAUGGAGAAAUUCUUUGGUGUCAUAGAUUGCUCUGAGGAGCAAAAAGCCUCUUAUGCAGCUUUUAUGUUAGAUAAAGAGGCAGAUUAUUGGUGGCGUAUGACUAGGAGACUUUUGGAGGAUCAGGGGCCCAUAACAUGGAGACAAUUUAGGGAGGCUUUCUACAAGAAGUAUUUCCCUGACAGUGUUAAACGGCAGAAGGUGGGAGAGUUUAUUCGUUUGGAACAGGGGGAUAUGACUGUGGCUCAGUAUGAGGCCAAAUUUACAGAGUUAUCACGUUUUUCCCCACAGUUGAUUGCUACAUAG